AUGUUUGGUGGCUUCGGUGCUGCGAGCAACUACGCCAGCUACAUCGAUCCCUUCAAGGAACGACCCCAACCCGACCCGCCGACCCAUGUUGGUCUGCCCAACUACGCCAGACAAGAAGCCUUGAGAAUCAAAGACUGGCACCAUGAGUCUGACCGUCCUGAUUUGCGCCGCGACUUUGUCCAGUCGCGCAGGGUCUCGGAUAUCACAGCAAAAUUCUACGCCGACCUGAAUGUUCGUUUCGCAACACCGUGCCCUGUCGACCAGCUGGUUCCAACAGACCACCAAGGCCGUCCGUACAUGCCCUCCAACGACGAAGAGUUGAAUCCCACUAUGGCCGAGAAUACCAACUACAACCAGGGCAACUUUGUCACACGACUUGUCGAGUUGAAGACUGAGAACGACAUUGCCUACCGCACCGUCACUCGUACGAACCUUCCCGAAGGAUUAAACAAGAUUCGCCUAAGCGACUUCCGCACAUUCUUCACUGCUCUGCACAGCAUGAGCGAGCAUUGGGAAACAGACCUCGAUGAUUAUUUCGUCCUGGACGAUGACGGCAAGAGCGUUCGCGAAGAAGACCACCCACAGUUCGCCGAUCCAGACAUGAUGAUUGACGUACGGAAUCUGGAAGAGCAUGAGCCUAUUGAUUUACCUCCUGCUACACCACUAACCUUCAGCGAACUUACUGCAAGAGAUCAGGAAUCUCCGCCGCUUUCGAAGAUGAUCACCAAUGGCUCUGAUGCCUCUUCAGAUGAUUUCUUGCGAGAGCUGUACCGCGGUAGACGCACAUCUACAGGCAGUAAGAUGCCCUGGGUCUAUCGUAUGGACGUCAUCAAGGGCUUCAUGGAAGCAGCCGCCUUUCCCUUCCGCUGCAAAAUCGGUUCGCCGCGCGUGCAUCCCACGUUAUUACUGAGCGGCGUACGCUUGCCCGUCAACUAUCAGUCGUUCCUGGUACAUCGCGUUCCGAAAGAGAAGGAAAAGAGGCACUUGUUGCAAGGACCGCUCAUGGCUGCAUACGUUCGCAAAGAGCUGGAAGACUUCGACUUUGGGUCUGACGACGAGAAGCGGGAUAAGCUACGCCUGGAUCAGCUGAAAGAGAUUGGCAGUCUUUUGCACCUCGCGCAAGAGAGACGGCGACAAGGUCGUACAGAAAAGAUAUGGGCAAAGCCGGCUCCUAAAAGCGGAAAAUACUGGUUCAGCGAGAUGGCUUCGGAUGCCGCAGAACCAGAAACACCCGACAUGGACGAUGCUAGCGACCUCAUUGCUGCAGCUUUGGGCAAGGAGGCUGCUGCUCACUUUGCUGGCAAAAGGAAAAAGAAGAGGCCGCAGUACGAGAUAUGGAAAGCCAUGGAGCCAAUGCGAUCCUUCUGGGACCCUGCUACCGAAUACCAGGCCAUUGGCAAGGACGAGGAUAGCGAGUGGGACACGGUUUACGUGCUAUCAAGCAUGUACUAUCACGUCUCGAUCCUCAAGUUGCGAGUACACGGUGCUUACCUCGACUUUGUCGCCACCGGCAACUUCCCAGACACGAUACCGGAUGACAAGGACUGGUGCCAUCCGGUGCUGCAACGAUCGAAAUGGUUCGACUUGUUCAACGUCAGUGACAGGAUAGAGGCAUUCCGCUGUCUCUGGGGCAUCAUGUGUUAUCUGACCAGAUGA